AUGAUGGGCAGCCGACCGCGCAGUCCCACCGCCUACCCUGAGGACCCGUGGGACCCGCAGGACGGAGGACCCGGCCCUGCCAAGCGCCGCCGAACCGAGGAGCCCAGGCGCCCGAAGUCCGAGUUUGAGGCGGCGCCCAGCCUGGAUAACCUGACCUGGUCCCCGACGGCGGGCACCCUCAUCUUCGUGGCUGUCCUGCCGGCGGGAUGUGCUCUGCACGUGCUCCUGGACGACGUCGAACUGCUGCUGGAGCCCGAACCAACGUCUGUGAGGCAAGUGUGUCUCGGAGGUCGCAUCCUCAUGCUGGUCCCCGAGGCUCUUGUGGGCUCGGGUAUGGAAGGGCCGUGGGGGCAGGGCCUAGAACCGGGAGCUCUCCUGAGCCCUCGCGGGGAGUACGUGGCUCUGGAGCCGGGAUUCUUCUGUGCCGCUGUCCCAGAGAUCGCCUGCCAGGGAGAGGCCAGCAAGGAGGAUGCAAAUGCUGACGCUGACUUCCUGCUGGGCGAGAUGGAUGCUGCCUCAGUCCCAGUCGCUGGGCUCCGCUCUUCUGCUGGAAGUUUGACUCACUUUGACCUGUUAGACCUAGUCUCAGAGCCCUCCCCUCGGGCCUCCAAUCCUAGUCCAGAGAGAGGCUCUCCUCAGCACGCCAACAGCCUGGACUUGCACCUUCUGGAGCCCUUUCCUGACUCACCACUCCAACCUCUACCUCCUUCUCCAAGUCCAAGUCCCCAGGAGCGCCCCUGUCGCCCUCCUGGUUCUCCUUGCAAGGCCCGGAGAUGCCUGUUCCCUGAAUCCACUGCCUCCCACAAUUCCUGGGCACGUGAACGGGCACCAGGACAGAGUCUUCCGAUGUUGGUUGUGUGUAUAUUGAACACACCGGUAGAAUCAUAUGAAUAG